UAAGUUAUAUAAAUGAGAAAGAUUGAAGAAAGAUUGCUGAAUUUUAGUAAUACUAUUAUAAUAAAAAGUAUAUAAAAUAUAAUAACUAAAAAAAAUAUAUAAAGGAAUAUUUUGAUAUUUAUAAUAAAUAUAUUUAAAAAGAAUAAAAAUUCUUUAAUUUAAAGUAUAUUUAAAUUUUGAUUAAUUAUAUAAUUUAUAUUAAAACAAUAUUUUUCUUAGUAUAACUUAUAAAAAAGAUUGCACUCUAUAGAUUCGUAUAUAUUCUAAGGUAACGAAUAUUGAGUGCUUGUCAAAUAUUAUCUAAAUAAAGAAGAAAAAUGCUUUUUCAACAGUUAACUGUAAGUGCACCAAAAAUCAUUAAACGUAAUAUUGGCAUUCUUGCACCAGUUUUUCAAGAAGCAAAAGAUCCCAUACAAAAACUUUUCUUAGAUAAAAUUCGUGAAUACAAAGCAAAAAGCAGUGGUGGAAAAUUAGUUGAUGUUACUCCUGAAAUUGAAAAAGAAAGACAGGCAGAACUUGACAGAGUUAAAAAACAAUUUAAUAUAAAGGGUGAUCCAACAGAGUUUCCAAAAUUUAAAUUUCAAGAGCCAGUAGUGGAAAAAUGAAUACAUAUUUAAAACUAAAAUAUUUAUAUUAAAAUUAUAAUACAUGAUGUCAAGUAAAUAGUUAUAAAAAUACAUGUAUAUAUAAAAUUAUAAA